AUGGCAGACAGAUACACAUAUAUUGUUGCACUGGCUAUGGACCAACCGCCGCGGUCCAGAGCAGAGGCCGGCGGCGACGGCUCCUCUUUGAUGCUGCCCUCCAUAAGCCAUUUCUUCAGUGGUAUCAUUUCUUCAGAGAAAAACCCCUUCAAAGUCGGGCUGAUGUAUAAUGCAUGGCACUAUAGAGGUAUGCCAGUGCCCGAGGCGGCGUCUGACACUGCUACUGCCGCCGCCAUGUUGAGCCCCGUCCUCAACGCCUCCAACGGGGACGGCUCCGAGUCUGAAACCACCUCCGCCAUCCUGGCCUCCGUCAAAGAGCAGAUGUUGGAGACGACUGCUGCUGGUGGUGGCAUGGUGCUUGUCAAGGAGCUGCAGUUUGAGCGUCUGACCAGGGAGCUGGAAGCCGAGCGGCAGAUCGUUGCCAGGCUUGACUGUCUGGCCCCAGCUGGCGGGAGCCGGCUCAAACCAAUCGGCAUUCAGACGGAACUUGGUCACACACGUUGGGGCACACUGGAGAGGUCACACAUCCCUUAUGACCUGGAAACACCUUUGAGUCCCCCUGGUGGAGACAACUCAGCAGAUGAGAAGUUUCGCUGGAAUAAUCAAGAUGGACAGAAGGACAUAGAGGAGGAGCUGACGACGGGGCUGGAGCUGGUGGACUCCUGCAUCAGAUCGCUCCAGGAGUCGGGCAUCUUGGACUCACAGGACACGUCUACAGGGGACAUCCAAGAGAUGAUACCCUUGUCUGUGCUGGAUCCGACCCCAUGGGAGGGCGGACAAGGACUACUGUCCCAAAGCGCCUUGCAGCUCAACAGCCAGGAUGCCUAUGCGGCCGCUGGUUACCAUAGUAAUCAAGGGAUGGCGCUGGGGGAACCGGUUCCAGGCCGCACGGGCCAGGUCGGGGGGGCAGUUCACAGCUACAACCAGGUCCACACUCUCACUCUGACCCCAUGUAUGUCCUCCUCUGCCAGACCACAGGUGACAUCCAGUCGUGCAACAGCUCAGUUACUGGGCACAGACUCUCCCUCCCAGUCCCAGAGAGACUCCUUUGCCCAGCAGGCCCUCGGCAGCAGCUUCCACAUGUCCACCGAGGGCGGACCCGCCGGACACGCUGGACCGUCCAUGUACUACUCCUGUGCCACUUUACCUGCACAGCGCGUGAGCUCUCCUCUACAGGCGGUGGGCUCCCCCACCAAGCUGCAACGCCUGGGAUCCGCCUCCGCCGACAUGCCCAGCUACGCCACGCUACAGAGGGUGUCCUCGCCAAAACAGUCCCCCAGCCGACUCGCCAAGUCUUACAGGCAGGUCCCGGCUCUGCCUGACCGAUGUGGUCACACCCGCUCUGCUGUCGGAGACAGAGGCUCGGCGGUGGGGAGCUACGCCACGCUGUCGCCCACCAAGCGCAUGCUGCACCACAUGGGGCCGGACGGCUACAAGAUCUCCCACGAGCUUUACGCCAACGCCACCCUGCAAAGGCCUGGUAGCCUGGCAGGCUCCAGAGGUUCAUAUAGCAGCCAGCACAGUCACCUGGGCUCCGAACUGCGACCCCUUCAGUCCCCUGAACACCACAUCGACCCAAUAUACGAAGACAGAGUCUACACCAAACCCAACCUCAGAGGACAAGUGGUGAACCAGCUGUACCAAGAGGUCCUCAACUAUCUGUUUUAUCCCCACACUCCUCUCCCCGCUCUAGCCCCGUCCUCUCCCGGUGUUGAUCCGAUCCCGUUGCAGCGAACAGGAAGUCAGAGCACCACUGCCACCUUCCAAAGAGGCAGCUUUGCCACCGGAGGAGGGGUGGCCGACUACGCCAACCCCUACCGCACCCUGCAGUUCUGCCCCUCCACCGAGUCGCCUUACAGCAAGUCAGGCCCCACCCUGCCGCCCGAGGCCGCCCUGGGCCGCUCCCCAUCCGUCGACAGCAUCCAGAAGGACCCAAGUUUUACUCUGCAGGACUCAUACAUAAUCAGAAAAAGAGAGAGAAAGGCGUUGAGUGAAAUGUUCUACCGCUUCAGGCUAGAGGAAUUUGGCUGGAGGGAUCCAGAGCUGCCAGAGGUGAUCCAGAUGUUGCAGCAUCAGUUUCCAUCCGUCCAGUCGAAUGCUGCUGCCUACCUCCAGCACCUCUGCUUUGGAGACAACAAGAUCAAAUCUGAGAUUCGGCGGCAGGGUGGGAUCCAGCUGCUGGUGGACCUGCUGGACCACCGGAUGACAGAUGUGCACCGCAGUGCCUGUGGCGCGCUGAGGAAUCUGGUGUAUGGCAAAGCCAACGACGACAACAAGAUCGCCCUGAAGAACUGUGGAGGCAUUCCUGCUCUGGUCCGCCUGCUGCGCAAGACCACAGACGUGGAGAUCCGAGAGCUCCUCACAGCGCGCGUCUCGGCAACAGACACGGACGCCCCGUAA